AUGAGUUCACCAGCCCCAACUUUCGACAACGUUGAGGAGCGGGCCGGGGUACGCAGCUUCCUGCGUAGACAAGUCUAUGAAAAGCCUACACUUCCAGAAAAUGUCGAUCUACAGGGCCAGACUGCCAUCGUGACAGGAUCUAACACUGGCAUUGGACUCGAGUGCGCUCGACAGCUUCUAGACUAUGGCUUGGGCAAGUUGAUUAUAGCUGUGCGCAACGAGUCCAAAGGUCAAAAGGCACGUGAAACCUUGCUAUCAGGCCGUCAAGAACCCCUUCCUGAUGUCGAGGUUUGGAACCUAGAGCUCUCAUCAUAUGACAGUGUCAUGUCUUUUGCAGAGCGUGCCAAGGCCCUAAAUCGGCUGGAUAUUGUUGUGCUUAAUGCCGGAAUAUCUAACCAAUUCUAUUCCAAAGUCGCUUCUACGGGGCACGAGCAGACAAUGCAGGUGAAUAUCCUAUCCACAGCACUACUGGCCAUUUUGCUUCUUCCCAUCAUCAAGGCCAAGAAGCACCAGGGACACCCUGGCCGGUUGGUAUUCGUCUCGUCCGACAUGGCAUCAUGGGCCACGCUCAAAGAAAAGGACGUGGUACCUCUUCUACCAGCGCUAGACGACCCGAAGAACAUGGAUCUCGGUCGAUAUGCUACCUCGAAGCUCCUCGGCCAACUCUUUGUGUCGGAACUGUCAAAGAGGGUCUCUCCGUCGCUCGCCAUCAUAACAAUGCCCAAUCCGGGAUGGGCAUACGGUACCGGGCUGGGAAAGACCGAGGGUUGGACUAUUGGUGACACCAUCAUCGCCGUGCCGCGGAGAAUCCUUGGACGGCCGCCCAGCGUAGCCGCUCGACUCGUCACCAUUGGCACCGUUGCCUUUGGCGCCGAGGCACAUGGGCAAUACAUAGAAAGUGGCAAAAUGCAACCAAAGGCACCUUUUGUCUACUCUAAGGACGGCGAGCGUGUGGCCAAGACACUGUGGGACGAAAUCAUAGCCGAAUUAUCGUUUGCUAAAGUCGGAGAUAUUCUUAAAGAGCUAUGA